AUGCCGCCGUUGGUGCACUCCGCGCCCCCUACUGAAGUUGACCGCGUCCUCGUCCUCGGCGCCGCCCUCAAGGGCUGGGCAACGUUUGUCAUAGGCCCCAAGGGGCCUAGCGGGUUCGGCGGGUUCGGGCGCUGGAGCGGGCAGCCCGCCAGGGCGACAGGCAGCCCGCCCAGAAGGGCGCCGCCGUACUGGCGAGUGCCAGGCGCGUCGGCGGGCGCCAGCCACGGGAGCAGCGCGAGGGGGGGCGGAGGCCACAGCGGGGCAUCGCGGGCGCAGGCGAGCGGCGCGGGGGAGGUGGCUGGAGGCGGCUGCGGCAAAGCGCAGCAGCAGGGACGAUCGGGAGGAGCGGCUGAGCGGGAGGUAGGCUGCGGGAGCGCGCGCGCAGACGGGGACGCGGCGGAGGCAGGCAAGGCAAUGGGCGUCGGGGGACUUGCGCGCGGACGGGGGCACGGUGAGCGCGCAUCGGGCGCGGUCGGAGAUGGCGCGGGCGUGCACGGCGGUGGGGACCGGGGCGCGCAGUGA